AUGUCGCACAACGAGACCGAUGCCGACUCAACGAUCAAUUCGGCACCUGAUCUCCAGAUCCUAGGCGAUGAAGUCACUCUUCAGCCCAGUGGUUAUGUUGAACCGCCCAAGAAGAUUCCCGAGGGCAAGGAGGAGGCCUUGAUGGACAAGUUUGCCUCAUUCCGCUCUGAGCCCUUCCGAUUUCUUCGCGAGGUUUCUCUCUACGUGUCCGGUCAAGGAUGGCGUGCAUAUGAUAAUGUUAUCGGUCAACCGGUCUUCUACUCCGGAUUCUCGGAGAAUAUGAAGAACAUGGUUCUCUCAGCUCCUCUCCUUCAGCAAAGGAUCAGCCGACUUGCUGAGCACCGUGUAGCCGUUGAAGAGCGCGAGGGUAUGCUGCCAAGGGACAGUAAAGACUAUGGCGCUAAACGUUCUGAACGACUCAACGAGAUUGAGUCAGGACUCCAACAGCUUGCAGACAAAUGGACUGAUGACAUGAUUUGCAAAAUGGAAAGCAAGGCUUUCAUUCGUGGUGCUUAUUAUUUGGCUACCCAGCUGUUGACACGCGCUUACCACCAAGGUAUCCAUGUCUCCAGCGAAGAGGUCUUGCGACUGCGCAAGGUUGCUGAAGUAGCGGCCCAAAAGAAGCAGAGCAUCAUCUUCUUGCCUAGUCAUCGAUCACACGUUGACUACGUCUCCCUCCAGCUCAUUUGCUACCGUCUGGGCCUGACAUUACCGGUUGUAGUGGCGGGAGACAACUUGAAUAUACCCGUCUUGGGCGAAUUCCUGCAGCACGCCGGUGCCAUGUGGAUCCGAAGAGCAUUCGGCGAUGAUGUGUUAUACACGACACUGGUCCAGUCAUAUAUCGAUACGCUUCUCCAAGAAGGUUAUAACUUUGAAUGCUUCAUCGAAGGAGGUCGCUCGCGGACAGGAAAACUACUGCCACCAAAGUUCGGUAUCCUUAGUUUCGUCCUCGAUAGUAUCCUGUCCGGUCGGGUCCAAGAUGCCAUCAUCUGCCCUGUCAGCACCCAGUAUGAUAAGGUGAUAGAGACCGAGGGUUACGUUACGGAACUGCUUGGGAUGCCAAAGAAGAAAGAAAACUUGGCCGACUUCUUGAGUGGAGGUUCAUCUGUUCUAUCGUUACGUUUAGGUCGCGUGGAUGUUAGGUUUCAUGAGCCUUGGAGCUUACGAGGAUUUCUAGAUGAGCAGCUAUCAAAGCUCCCCAGCAUUCCACGUGGACUCGAUACCGAUCACCAGCGCCCUGAGGUCCGAGCUGUACGUGAGAAGCUUUUGCGGACAAUGGGGUAUCAGGUGCUGAGCGACAUUAACGAUGUGUCCGUUGUGAUGCCAACAGCUUUGAUCGGCACUGUUCUUCUAACACUUCGUGGUCGUGGAGUUGGUAAACAAGAACUGAACCGACGAGUUACAUGGCUUACAGAACGAGUACGUGCUAAAGGUGGGCGCGUAGCCCAUUUUGGAAACGCACCUCUCACCGAUAUCAUCGAGCGCGGCCUCGAAGUACUUGGUAAAGAUCUCAUUGGUAUGGUCGAUGGUCUCGCUGAGCCUACUUACUAUGCUGUUGACCGCUUUCAAUUGUCAUUCUACCGCAAUAUGACAAUUCAUCUCUUCAUUUACGAAGCGCUUGUCAGUGCUGCUAUGUACUCGCGAGUGAAGAGAGGAGGUGGUCCACAGAUGCAAGACAUGCCAUUUCAUGAGUUGAGGGAGCAGGUGUUCUUUCUUUCGUCGCUAUUCCGUGGCGAGUUUAUCUUCUCUAGUGAGGGUCUUGAUACCAACUUGGAUAGGACUUUGCGAGGUCUGGAAGCAGAUAAUGUUAUUCGAGUGGACCGUGAUGCUGACGACAACGCCACUAUGGUCGGUCUUGCAGAACAAGAGAGGAAGGCUGGUCGGGAGAAUUACGAUUUCUACUGCUUCUUAAUCUGGCCCUUUGUCGAGGCAACUUGGUUGGCGGCUGUCUCUCUCAUGGGACUCACCCCUCCACUUGGGCAGAAUGAAGACACUUGGAUUGAGCAAAGCAAAACACACAACAGUGCCCAACUGCUCGGCAAGACGCUUUACCACCAGGGUGACCUCUCGUACUUUGAGGCUGUCAACAAAGAAACUCUGAAGAACUCAUACAUGCGCUUCGAGCAAGAUCAGAUUCUCCACGUGGUAAAAUCGAAAGAUUCUAAAAUUCCUCCACGCGUCCAACUAGAUGCCUCCUGGCGAACACCCCGCGAUCCACAGACAGGUGCUUUGCUUGCUGAAGGUAAACUAUGGGACUUCACCGAAAAGAUUGCCAAGUCACGCCGCGAAGGCAAAAAUCGCCGCGACGGUGCUACAGUCAGUAGUCGUGUGCUCCGACUUACCGACGAGCUGGGUCGUAAGCUUUGGGAGGAGACAAUCGGAGGUGAAAAGAACGGCAAAGGCAGAGUGCCUAGCACUCUAAGUAAUGAGGAGAAGGAAGCAUUCGGGAAGAGUGUUAGAGAAGGAAAGAAGAAGAGAGAAGGGAGGGCUCGGGCUCAUCUGUGA